AAGGUAAGUUUCCAAACCGGGCUCUUCGCAUAUAAAAGGGCAAAAGCGGCGCCAAAUUGCACUACUAUCCCAAUUCCAAAAGCAGAUGAGGCAAAUUGAAGAAGAAAAUAAUGGAGGAUUCUCAGAACGAUUUGAAAUUCUUCAGUGUUCGAAUUGUUUCUAUAGACUAUUACAUGUCCCCUCCUCUUCCCGCCUUCGACAUUUCUUACAGCACUUUCCAAGGUGGGAGAGUAAAUGAGGUCCCUGUGAUAAGAGUGUAUGGUGCUACUCCUGCUGGACAGAAGACCUGCUUGCACCUUCAUGGAGCUCUUCCUUAUUUCUAUGUUCCAUGCUCAGAGCUCUCCCUCCAAUCAGAUGAGAAAGGGAGCGAAUGCACGAAUGCUCUCGCUCGUGCUCUUGAGAAGGUGCUCAAGCUAAAAGGUAGUGCUGGUUCAAAACGUCAACAUGUCCAUGGCUGCAGCCUUGUACGCGCAAGGAAGUUUUAUGGUUAUCAUUCUUCAGAGGAACUGUUUUUGAAGAUCUAUUUCUAUCAUCCACAGGACGUCUCACGUGCUGCCAAUCUUCUACUAGGAGGUGCAGUACUGGAUAAGUCAUUGCAGCCCCACGAAUCACAUAUACCUUUCCUUCUUCAAUUCCUGGUUGACUAUAAUUUGUAUGGGAUGGGCCAUCUACAUGUAUCAAAAAUGAAGUUCCGCAAUCCAAUUCCAGAUACUUUCUCCCCAAGGAAGGCUAACUACAUUGACAGAAGGUCUUCUGAUAUGUCCACUUCCAUGACUGCAGAGUUUCAGGUUGAUUUAGAUGGUGAGGCUUGUUUUGAUACGCCAAUUUGGAUAUCUUCUACAAUUCCGGAUGAUUGGAUGUGGAAAUACUCUAGUCAGGCUGAUACUUCAACAGACCCAGAUAUCCCUAACAUUAAGCGACAAAGUAUCUCUGAACUUGAAGGAGAUGCUAUUGUUGAUGCAAUUGUGAAUCAGCAGUUGAUAUCCUACAUGUCCGUUUCACAAACCUGUUCCCAAGAGAAAAUGGUUCAGUCGCUAAUACCGAUUUGGGAGGAGGAGUUUGCAAGGAAUGGGUUGUAUGAAGUGGGCUUGCCUCCUGAUCCCGGUAAACCACUUCAAGAUGAUGUCUUGAAAACACUUUCACAUGGGAUUGGAUAUGAAGAGAUUCUAAUGGAAUUAAGCAAUGAUGUGAAGGUUUCUUCUGAUAUGCUGCAGUCAAUAACCUCAUCAAUGAAUGAUGGGAACAUUGCCAAUGUUGAGCAUGGUGGCUCUUUAAAUAGUAUACGUGAACCAUCCAAAUGCUCAAAAGAAGGAUUAUUUCAAGAUCAUGUUGUGGAGAAAAGGGAGGAAACUGAUGCAUGUCCCAAGCAAUUGUUAGUUGAUCAGAUGGAAGCAACUGUUUCCGUGGUACCCUCACAGGAUGUGAAGGCUUCUGAUCAGGACGCCUUAAGACUUCUAAAUUGGCUUGCAUCUUCUCAAGCUGCAGAAGACAUAAACUCCGAUGAUGACCUUGGUCAGGAAACGAUUUUGAGUCCUUCAAUGCCAGCAACAACUAUUGAUACGGUGUUGGAGAAGGCAAAUGUAGCCUAUGAGAAUGAGUCUCAGCAAGAGUGUGAGGACAUUCUUGAUUCUGUUCGCGAUUGUUAUUUUGAAGAAUUAGAGAGAAAGACUUCCCAGUCCAUCAGCAACAAUCGUUCAUGCAGAAGUUCAUCGAGUAUGAUUAUUCCUCAGCUGGAUGGCUCCAAUGAUGAUCCAAACCCCUUUCCUUUUGUUAAUGAUUCAUCUGAAACAUAUAAAAAAUUCGGGAGAUCUUCCCAAGCAGAUUCAUGGAAUAAGGCUACUUUAGCUACCAACAAUAAGCACAGAAACAAAAGACCAGGAUGGUGCUCUUUACCCAUUGCUUUGGGUCAGAAUCUGAAUGAUUCACAUCCAAAUCCAGUUCACACACCUAGCAGUCACAUCUGUGACGAAAGAGCUGGCAGGCGAACUUCUUCUCACAUGAAUUUUAACGAACAGCCUAAUUUUCUAACAAGAAAUUUGAAUAAAUCUGCUAAUUGUGAAGAAAAAUCUAGUACCAUAGUUGAAUGUUCUACACGUGACUUGAUGAGGGUAAAAAGAUCCUAUCAGGCUGAGCCUUCUGAAUAUGGAAAUCAGGUAAAAAAGGUACAAAUUGGUGCCGAAGGAAGAGAAGAUUCUUUUCUUUAUUCAGAAUCCAAUCAUGACAAGAAAGAGAAGAGGCUUCGUGAUUCCUUGAUAUCGCGAACAGCUAUCACAGAUCAACCAAGAGAAUGUAAUGAGAGGAGCUCAUAUCUUGCACUUCAGUUGCAGGCUGAGCCUGGUGAUAUUAAAGCUGACAAAUCAAAUUGUCCUUCAUAUUGUAAGUUGCCACUUUCAUCCAGCUCUCUGCUGACAAAUGCAUCAAAAGAUGGAGUGCUUCUUUCUUCUGAAGGACCUCAUGUUGAGGUUGUCAGCAGAGCAUCUGCAGGUUUUCAGAGGAGUGCAUCAACAUCACAAGGGACUAAAGAUAUAUUCCAGCUUCCUGAUGUUGAGAAUCAAAAAUCUACUAUUUACAUGGGAAGCUGUGGAUGCUGUAGUCGCGAAAAUGUUGACAGCUGUAUGAAAUGUUUAAGUCAAUAUCCUGCUGGUCCUAGUCAUUCAAUAUCUACAGUAACUGGUGUAUCUGGUGACGUUUCGGAACUUAUAGGUAUGACCUUCAGCAAGAAACCUCCUAAGGCGGAAUUCACAGAUGAACCUGGACGCAGUGUUCAAUCUGCCCGUGGUGCCCCUAGUUACCAUGUGGUGAAAAAUAAAACAAGGACAUGUGUUCAGGAUAGAGAUUUAGAUGAAUGCCCCCCUUUCUUUGAGGGGAAUGACCUUGUAGGAGAAAAGAUAUGCAGUAUUAAGUAUGGAACAGAUGACUACGCUCAUUGUCAAGACAGUGUGUUGGGUGUACCUGUUCACUAUCAAAAUGAUGGGUCUUAUCUAUACAUGUUGACUCCUGUGUAUUCACCACCACGAAGUGAAUGUGUUCGGCAAUGGCUGUCAGUUGAUUGCAUAGAUUCUUCUAAAAUGGAUGUAGUUUCGGGCCCACCAAUGAAUCCAUCAACAAAGGUUUGCUCUGAUGAUGUAGCAGAAUUACAGGAUUCUCAAUCUACCUUUGGUGAUCAGCCUUUGAUGGAUUCAGCUUCUGCUUCAGAACCAAAUACAAAUCAACUUCAAGCUAAAGAAAAUUGUCAGGAAAGCACUGGUGUCCAUGAUGCAAGAAUGAAACAGCAAGAUGAAGAGAUUAUUUUGAAAUACAAUCCAUCACUGGGUGGAUCUCAAAAUCUCUCCCAGAUAUCCGGUCCUGAUAGAAAAUCAAGGCUAACUCCAUUAAGUCAAACUGGUUUUCGAGACCCGGCUAGUAUUGGUUGUGGACAGCAGUUAACAAUAUUGAGCAUAGAGGUCCAAGCAGAAUCCAGGGGUGAUCUGAAACCUGAUCCUCGAUUUGAUGCUGUAAGAAUCGUUGUUCUUUUUUUUCAGGAAGAUGAUGAUUUUAGAUCUGAUACUCAUGUACUUUUGCAUUGCAAUGGUGAAUCUGUUCAAAGGGACCUUGAUGGAGUAUCUGAAUGUAAAGUUUUAACUUUCUCUGAAGAGAGGCAAGUAUUCUUUCAUUUCAUAAAGAUUAUUAAAUCUUUUGACCCUGACAUAUUUAUGGGCUGGGAUAUUCAAGGUGGUUCCCUUGGUUUUCUUGCUGAAAGGGCUGCAUACCUUGGCAUUGGUUUGCUUAACAAAAUAUCUCGCUCUCCAUCUGAGGGCAACAUAGCUUCUAGAGACUCUGAAGGAGGAAAACUAAGUGAUAUUUUUUCUGAUGCUGUUGCUGCUGACCCAAUGUCUCAUGAAGAUGCUGCAAUAAUCGAUGAUGAAUGGGGCCGAACUCACGCCAGUGGCGUCCAUGUAGGGGGUAGAAUUGUCCUUAACAUUUGGCGACUGAUGCGUGGUGAAGUGAAGCUGAACUUGUACACACUUGAAGCCGUGGCUGAAGCUGUGCUGAGACGAAAAAUUCCAUAUAUUCCUAACAAGGUAUUGACAAAUUGGUUUUUAAGUGGUCCUGGACGUGCUAGAUACAGAUGUAUAGAAUACUUUUUAGAGAGGGCAAAGCUGAACCUUCAGAUCAUGAAUCAACUCGAUGUGGUAAAUCGAACAUCAGAGCUUGCACGAAUUUUUGGCAUUGACUUUUUUUCAGUUCUUUCUCGGGGUUCACAGUACCGUGUUGAAUCAAUGUUUCUGAGGCUUGCUCAUGCACAAAAUUAUGUUGCCAUUUCUCCUGGAAACCAACAAGUUGCUUCUCAACCUGCCAUGGAAUGUAUACCCCUUGUCAUGGAACCAAAAUCUGGAUUUUAUGCAGACCCUGUUGUCGUUUUGGAUUUUCAGUCACUUUAUCCAUCCAUGAUAAUUGCUUAUAACCUCUGCUUCUGUACUUGCCUUGGUAAAGUUACUUCUACGAAAGCCAACAUCCUCGGUGUUAGUUCAUAUUCACCUGAUAAAAAUGUGGUGCAUAAUUUAAAGGAUGAAAUAUUGCUCACUCCAAAUGGUGUUAUGUAUGUGCCUCCCAGGGUCCGGAAGGGGGUACUACCUCGCUUGUUGGAAGAAAUUUUAGAUACUAGGAUCAUGGUUAAAACAGCAAUGAAGAAAUUGGCUCCUGGACAGCAAGUUCUUCACCGGAUAUUCAAUGCAAGACAACUUGCUUUGAAGCUAAUAGCAAAUGUGACCUAUGGGUAUACAGCUGCUGGAUUUAGUGGACGCAUGCCCUGUGCUGAGCUUGCUGACAGUAUUGUCCAGUGUGGCCGCAGAACAUUGGAAUGUGCAAUUUCAUUUGUUAACACAAAUCAUAGGUGGAAUGCUAAAGUUAUUUAUGGUGAUACGGACAGUAUGUUUGUACUCCUCGAAGGACGGUCCGUUGAAGAAGCUUUUCGAAUUGGUCAUGAAAUUGCAUCAGAAGUAACUGCAAUGAACCCAAAUCCAGUCACGUUAAAGAUGGAAAAGGUUUACGAUUCGUGCUUCCUCCUUACUAAGAAACGAUAUGUUGGUUAUAGUUAUGAGAACAUUGUCCAAAGCAAACCAGUCUUUGAUGCUAAAGGUAUUGAGACAGUACGCAGAGAUACAUGUGGGGCUGUGUCCAAGAUAAUGGAGCGCUCUUUAAGAGUCUUUUUUGAAUACAGGGAUAUUCAGAAGGUGAAAUCUUACCUGGUGCGUCAGUGGAAAAAGAUUAUUUCAGGCAGAGUAUCUCUUCAGGAUUUUGUGUUUGCAAAAGAGGUACGCUUAGGCACCUAUUCUGCACAGACUUCUUCACUUCCACCAGCAGCAAUUGUUGCCACUAAAGCAAUGAGAGUUGACCCUAGGGCAGAACCUCGGUAUGCAGAACGAGUGCCUUAUGUUGUGGUUCAUGGUGAACCUGGUGCCAGGUUGGCUGAUGUAGUGGUAGAUCCCUUGGAUGUCCUUUCAAUUGAUUCACCUUACAGGCUAAAUGACAUAUAUUACAUCAAGAAACAGAUAAUCCCAGCUCUGCAACGAGUAUUUGGGCUCGUUCGAGCCGACUUGAAUCAGUGGUUUUCAGAUAUGCCCCGUACAGAGAGGGAGGUUGCCGGUAAACGUCACCUGGUUGCUGCAAAUGCUCACAGAACUAGAAUUGAUUAUUACUAUCUGUCAAAACAUUGUAUCAUAUGCGGUGAGCUGAUCCAGGCAUCUAGUUACGUCUGUCAAAACUGCUCCAGAAAUGAAGCUGUUGUUGCUGCUGCUUUAACAGGAAGAACUUCAAUGUUGGAAAGAAACAUCCAACACCUUGCUGCUAUAUGUCGGCACUGUGGAGGAGGAGAUUGGUUCGUAGAAAGUGGGGUGAAAUGCACAUCUCUUGCAUGUUCUGUUUUCUACGAAAGGAGGAAAGUCCAGAAAGAACUGCAAUCUCUUUCUGCUGUUACUACAGACACAGGUUUUUAUCCUAGGUGUGUGGUGGAAUGGUUCUAACUAAUGCCUCGUCUGCGUCAAAAAUGUAGGUUGAAAGGGUAUUUAGAUAUCUAGAGAACAAUGUCUACACAUAUGGGGUACCACAUUCUCUGAAUCUUUUCUAAUUAUACAUGUAUGUGAUUGCACUAGCAUAUCUUACAAUAGUCCUGUAAAAUAAAUUAAGCCUUGUAAUUUUCAUAUGUACUAAUGACAUGUGUAAAUCACAUGUUGUAAAGAAAUAUUUUACAGUAUUUAUUCUGGACAAAAAAAAAUGAAACUCUUCUUGUUUGAUGGUAUGAGUACUCUUGGGGUGGCAAAUUGAUGUUUCAAAAUCCAUGCCGCCACGUAA